CAAUUCCCGGAUAGCUAGUCACCGAUCGGGGCUCGACCGAGAGCCAAAGGCGGUUGCUUCCAACCCCGAAGCCGUCAUUUGUCACGUCGACACUCGACAGGUUGACAGCAACAUGCCGCAGGCACGAGGCCACAUAUCCAUAUAGUAAUUGACCGAACGAAACUUUGGGAAAAGCACACACCAACUCGGACGCUCCGUUGGAACCCAAGCGGGGCGGGCGUUUCCCGCCACGCCGGGCUGACCGAGCUGCUCCCGGCGGGAGGACUCGGUACGUAGCCAGCGAGCCUUAAAGCUUACGUGACAGCGGCCUGGUUUUCUUGCUUCGGUCCUCCGCUCAUCUCAUCUCAUCUCAAGACUUCAUCAGCAAUGGGCAAGUCCGCUUCUGCUUUGUUGGCUGCUGCCAUGGCGGCGGCGGCGAUGGUGUUUGUUGCUUCGUCGCCGGUGGCGGCCUUCCCGGUAGCCGGAGUGCCGGGGGCGGAGCCCUCGUUCCCGAACCCGUGGCUGGCGUUCCAGAACCUCUCGGGCUGCCACAUGGGCGACGAGCGGGACGGGCUCGCGAGGCUCAAGGACUAUCUCAGCCACUUCGGGUACCUCUCGGAGGCGCCGACCUCGUCGCCGUUCAGCGACGCGUUCGACGCCGAGCUGGAGGCGGCCGUCGCCACGUACCAGCGCAACUUCGGCCUCAACGCGACGGGGGUCCUGGACCCGCCCACCGUCUCGCAGAUGGUCGCCCCGCGCUGCGGCGUGGCGGACGUCAUCAACGGCACGUCCACCAUGGACCGGAACGCGUCGGCGGCGGGGCACGGCCGGCACCUCUACACCUACUUCCCCGGCGGGCCCAUGUGGCCGCCGUUCCGCCGCGAGCUGAGGUACGCGAUCACCGCGACCGCGGCGACGUCCAUCGACCGGGCGACGCUGGGCGCCGUCUUCGCCCGCGCCUUCGCCCGGUGGUCCGACGCCACCACCCUGCGGUUCGCGGAGGCGGCGUCGGAGUCGGACGCCGACAUCACCAUCGGGUUCUACGCGGGGUCGCACGGCGACGGCGAGGCGUUCGACGGGCCGCUGGGCACGCUGGCGCACGCCUUCUCGCCGACGGACGGGCGGUUCCACCUGGACGCGGCGGAGGCGUGGGUGGCGGACGGGCAGGGCGGCGACGCGCCGGGGGCGGUGGACCUGGAGUCGGUGGCGGUGCACGAGAUCGGGCACCUGCUGGGGCUCGGCCACUCGUCGGUGCAGGGCGCCAUCAUGUACCCGACCAUCAGGACGGGGACGAGGAAGGUGGACCUGGAGUCGGACGACGUGCAGGGGAUACAGAGCCUCUACGGGACCAACCCCAACUUCAAGGGCGUCGCGCCGACGUCGCCGUCGACGAGCAGCCGGGAGAUGGACAGCAGCGCCGGAGCCAGCUCCCGGCCGGGAGGCGGGUUCGCUGCGGUGGUUGUGGCGGUUGGCCUGCUGCUCCUACUGCCACUGUAGAAAUGUCCGGUCCUUGUGUUGCCUGCCGGCGCCGUGACGAUCACGUCGCGGUCGCCUCUGCAGGCUCUCUGCCACGAUUGCUAGUUCGAUUGGUCACUGGUAUUUUUGGGUAGAUUCUUCUGUACAUACCACUGGAACUGCCAUUGAUUUUUAGUAUACAGAAUAAUAUAGAUUACAUGGAUCACAUGAUCUUUUUUUUUCCUAUGCCAAA